AUGGCGGUCCACGCUUCUACACCCGUCUCUUUCUUAAACACAUCUAGUCCUACAUUUACUUGUGUUAUCAGAAUCUCAAAAUGGGAGGCACUACACAAGAAAAAAAACGUUAGAUUUUCGGCUUCUGAUAAUUUUCCUUUUUUUACAACAGGGAGAAAUACGUAUCAUCAAAGAAGAGUCAUCCCCACCAUUAUGUCUGCGUUAAAAUCACCAAGGAUCGUCGAUGACGUGAGACUCAACAACAAUGGAGAAGUCAAGUUAAAGGAUGUCACCAACGAAGCAAAGUCGAGACAGAAGAUAGCUAAAAAUGAUGUGGUUAAAGCACCACCAAGUACAAUUCGAACUGUCAACAUCUUUACCAUAUUGGUCCAGCUUGUACACCGUUUUUUUACUGUUGGAUUGGUUGCACUGGGUGCUUCAGUCACUAGCUUAAUCAUGUUCUACAUCAACCAUUUGAUUCUCCUCAACUUGUUCUUCACCAUUGCCAUUUACAAAAAUGUUUUAUUCAUAUAUCGCAAGAUUUACUUGAAGUUCCUUACUUUAACCUAUUAUCCCAAUAAAUCACCUCAAGUGAUUAGAGAUGAUGUCAACCAGUUAGUCAAAAUUCCCAAAUCGGUCUCUUGCAUUUUAGAUUUGAAAGAUGACGACGAUGAAAAUGGCGGUAAAGAUGGAUUGUAUAAUCAGAUCAGUGAGUUGGCAGCUUGGAGUGUGAGCGCAGGUAUAUCAAGAUUGAUCAUCUAUGAAUACACUGGAUCUAUAAAUCAAAGCAGUGAGUCACUACUUGAUUUAAGUAAAGUCAUAACUCGGAAUUUGAUUUCAUAUUUUGGCUCAGAAGCUAUCCCUGCAUUCUCAUUGAAAGUACCUCACAAAAACUUGAUCUUGUACAGCGACGAGUCCGUUAGUCUAUCAUCGACUGAAGAACCAAGAGAAGCUACAGUGGAUUUAGAAAUUGACUUACUUAGUAGAGUUGAUGGAAAGCCAACUAUUGUUGAACUAACCAAAACAAUGAGUGAAUUGGCUGUGAACAAAGAGUUAUCGGUUAAUGAUAUAACCAUUGACUUGAUUGACGAAGAGUUGGUUGAAUUGGUUGGACCAGAACCAGACUUGUUGAUUUCAUUCGCACCUUCAUUAAAUUUGGAAGAUUACCCACCUUGGCAUAUUAGAUUGACUGAGGUUUAUUGGGAACCUGAAAACAAAGAUGUGAGCUAUGCUGUUUUUAUUCGUGCCUUGAAGCAAUUUUCCCAAUGCAAGGUAAAUGCAGGUAAGUAA